AUGAUAUCAGUAGCAUUUCAUGGAACAAGAGCAUAUCUUAUAGACAAAAGUCUUAUACCAAUAGUUUUGUUAUGGUUAGACCCAGUUGUUGGAUAUAACUUCAUAACUUAUGGUUCAUUCGACUCAGAACGUUGCAGUGAAGGCUUACUUUACAUCGUUCAGAAACCGAAGGACUUCAAUACAAAGAGAUAUAAGAUAGGAAGAACAUAUAAUAUAACUCAAAGAUAUGACAGUACAGUCAAUAGAGUCAAGGUUGUGUUCGUUAAUGAUAUGAGAGCUGCUGAAACAGAACUACUUGAAAAGUUUGAGAAAAGGUAUGGUGCUCCCAUGAAAGGUAAAGAAACGUUUGAAGUAGAUGAGAUAGAUAAAGCUAUAAAAUUAUUUGACGAAGUUGCUGAAAAAUACAUGUAA